GGCCAUCCCAUCACCUCUUCUUAUCAAGCAAACCUCUUCGCCCUUUUCUCGGCCUCCAUCACCCCCCUCCAUAUAACAUAUGUGACCACUUCCACUCGCACUGGGUUUUAUCUUUUUCCUUUCCAGAAGACUGUCCUGCGUCACCUACAUCAUAUGCUUUUCUGAACCUGCAACUCUAUUUUUAUCUCUCCCUCCCCCUUUGUGCAGAUCGCUGCGUCGCGCACUCCUCCUCAUCCCCGACCGUAGCUAGCCGGCGUUACCGCGUUACCUCACACCGCCUGGGUAGAUCUUUAUUCUCCUUUUCCUCUUUCCUCUUUUUUUCCCUCCCUUUUACCGAGGGAAUCGUAUCUCCAACAUCUUCCUUACCUUUUGCUCUGUUCCAGGCGGGCCGGCUCUACAUCGUCUCUACCAUAUCUCCCUCCAUUCCUCACUACUCCCAUCAUGACUGUCUCCGCCGACCACCCCAUUGAGACCCCCCCGAGGCCUCCCUCGCCCGUUCACAAAUUCGGUACUCUCGCUGUCCAUGCCGGCAGCCCUCACGACGCGGCUACGGGCGCCGUCAUCGAGUCAAUCUCCCUAUCCACUACCUUCGCCCAGUCCGCCGUGGGAAAGCCCGUCGGCCAGUACGAAUAUGCCCGCUCAUCCAAUCCCAACCGGGACAACUUUGAACAGGCCAUCGCCGCCCUCGAGCACGCCAAGUACGCUCUCGCUUUCUCCUCGGGCAGCGCCACCACCGCCGUCGUCCUCCAGAGUCUGGCCGCCGGCUCUCACGUCAUCUCCGUAUCCGACGUUUAUGGCGGCACCCACCGCUACUUCACCAAGGUCGCCAAGGCUCACGGUGUCAAGGUCACCUUCACCCCCGAGAUCGAGGUCGACAUCAGCGAACACAUCACCCCGCAGACCAGGCUCGUAUGGAUCGAGUCGCCCAGCAACCCGACCCUCCGCCUCGUUGACAUCCGUGCCGUGGCCACCCAGGCCCACAAGCACGGCAUCAUGGUCGUCGUCGACAACACCUUCCUCUCCCCCUAUGUCCAGAACCCGCUCGACCACGGCGCCGACAUCGUCGUCCACUCCGUGACCAAGUACAUCAACGGCCACUCCGACGUCGUCAUGGGUGUCGCCGCCUUCAACUCGGACGACCUCAAGGACCGCCUCGGCUUCCUCCAAAACGCCAUCGGUGCCGUCCCCUCCGCCUUCGACUGCUGGCUCGCCCACCGCGGUCUCAAGACCCUGCACCUCCGCGCCCGCGAGGCCUCCCACAACGCGACCUCCGUCGCACAGGCCCUCGAGGCCUCCCCGCACGUCAUCAGCGUCAACUACCCCGGCCUCGACUCCCACCCGCACCGUUCCAUCGCCAAGCGCCAGCACCGCAACGCCAUGGGCGGCGGCAUGCUCUCCUUCCGCAUCAAGGGCGGCCACGAUGCCGCCGAGCGCUUCUGCCAGCUCACGUCUAUCUUCACCCUCGCCGAGUCGCUCGGCGGCGUCGAGUCCCUCGUCGAGGUCCCUAGCAGCAUGACCCAUGCCGGCAUCCCUCGCGAUCAGCGCGAAGCCGUCGGCGUAUUCGAUGACCUCGUUCGUAUCAGCUGUGGCGUCGAAGAUGCCGAGGACCUCACGCGCGAUGUUCUCCAGGCUCUCGAGAAGGCCGUCGCUGAGCAGCCCCAGCCCAACGGUGCCAAUGGUGCUGAGCAUUGAAAUGUGAUCACCUAACAACCUUUUUCUUCUUCUUUUCUUCUUCUCGAUUUCUUCUUUAACAAAAAAAAAAA